AUGGCUCAUGCCAUGGAGGCCAUGGCAGCCACUGUUAGGCAGAGUCUAGAUAUGAUUCAGCAGCAGCAAGCUGCAAACCAAGCCACUGCUGCAGCACAGGCAGCAGCAGCUACUGCCUCAGCUGCACCUCCUUUUGAAUACCAUGGGUUGUCAGAGUUCAGGAAGAAUGAUCCUCCUCAAUUCACGGGGGUGGAUGGACCAGAUGCUGCUGAACUCUGGAUUAGGGAGAUUGAGAAGAUCUUCUUAACUAUGGGUUGCGCCGAGGAGAGGAAGGUGUUAUAUGCUACUUAUAUGCUGACAGGGGAUGCAGAGAUGUGGUGGCACGGAGCUCAUGCUAUGCUGGAGGCCCAAGGUGAAGUCAUCACUUGGGCUGUAUUUAAAAGUAGUUUUCUGGGAAAGUUUUUCCCUUCCCAUGUUCGUGCUACCAAAGAGCGGGAAUUUUAUUCUCACCCGACCUCGGAGGAGUGGAGAUGUCAGAGGUUUUCAGACGGGCUGAGAACUGACAUAAAGAGGAUUUUAAUCCCACUAAGGAUCACAGAAUUUGCUGACUUGGUGGAUCAAGCCACCAUUAUAGAGAGUCUUAAUGCAGAGGAUGUUGGUGGAGUUGGGAAGGCUCCAUCUAGUAGAGCUGCUAGUAGCUAUGGUAAUGGAAGUAAGGGUGCUAAGAAGGGCCCCUACAGUCGGUCGCUACGCCAACAACAAUCUCGACCAUCUCAGUCGAGAGGAUCGGCAGCAUCAACCCCGGUGCCAAUAGGGACUGCUACUUCUACAUUUCAGCCUAGGGGAGCAACUUCUUCUGCUCCUAGAGCCUCAGUGCUGCAGAUUGUCAGAUGUUUCAGGUGUGGUGGGCCACACUACUUGAGCCAGUGCCCACAAGCUGAUGUCAGGGUUUGCUUCUCGUGCCAGCAGCCAGGGCAUCUUGCUAGGGACUGUCCUACGCCUAGUGGGGCAGUUUCAUCUUCUGCUAGCGCCUUGCACGCUGUUAGGCCUAAAGCGACUAGGACUCCAACGACAACCAGAUUGAGAGCAGAGGGACGUGUAUUCACUACUUCUGCAUCAGAGGCAGCUCAGUCAAUACCAGUAGUACGAGAGUUUCCUGAGAUUUUUCCAGAGGAUAUUCCUGGAAUACCUCCACGUAGAGAGGUGGAGUUUUCUAUAGAUUUGAUUCCUGGAGCUGAGCCAGUGUCUGUAGCACCUUACAGAAUGGCGCCGAAAGAAUUGAUGGAGCUUAAGGAGCAGAUCGAGGAUCUAAUGUGGAAACAGAUGAUUAGGCCGAGUGAUGAAGAUAUUCCUAAGACUGCUUUUCGCACUAGAUAUGGCCACUAUGAAUAUAUAGUGAUGCCUUUUGGAGUCACAAAUGCUCCAGCUGUGUUUAUGGACUACAUGAAUCAGAUCUUUAGACCUUUCCUGGAUCAAUUUAUGGUAGUCUUUAUUGAUGAUGUUUUGAUUUAUUUUAGUUCGUCAGAGGAACAUGCAGAGCAUUUGAGGACUGUACUUAGUAUUUUAAGGGAAAAACAAUUGUAUGCUAAACUGUCUAAGUGUGAGUUUUGGCUAGAGGAAGUGAAGUUCCUUGGCCAUGUUAUAUCCGCUAAGGGAAUUGCAGUUGAUCCUUCCAAAGUUGAAGCGGUGUUGCAGUGGGAAAGGCCUAAGAUAGCUACAGAGAUUCGUAGUUUUGUGGGCCUAGCAGGCUACUACCGGAGAUUUAUAAAGGGAUUUGCGAAGAUAGCUGCACCAUUAACACGGUUAACUCGCCGUGAUCAACCCUUUGUAUGGACUGAGGAAUGUGAACAAAGCUUUAAUGAGUUGAAGCAGAGACUAACUUCCUCGCCAGUGCUGAUUCUCCCUGAUACUAGUCGACCAUUUGAGGUGUACUGUGAUGCUUCCCAUCAGGGAUUGGGAUAUGUGUUAAUGCAAGAUAAGAGAGUGGUAGCUUAUGCAUCUCGCCAAUUGCAAACUCAUGAGCGAAAUUACCCGAUUCAUGAUCUUGAGUUAGCUGCUGUAGUCUUUGCUCUGAAGGUGUGGCGGCACUAUCUUUAUGGAGCUCAGUUUGAUGUAUAUAGUGAUCACAAGAGUCUGAAGUAUUUAUUUGAUCAACGAGAGUUAAAUAUGAGGCAGAGACGUUGGGUGGAAUUCCUUAAGGAUUAUGAUUUUCAGCUCCAAUACCAUCUAGGAAAAGCUAACAGUUUCCAAGAAGCUAUGGGCACACAGUUGAGGUUGAGUUCUGCAUAUCAUCCGCAGACAGAUGGUCAAUCUGAGCGUACUAUUCAGACCUUAGAGGAUUUAUUGCGGACUUGUAUUCUAAGAAAGUAUGUUUCUGAUUCGUCUCAUGUAAUUGAGCCUGAUGUUGUGGAGUUACGAGAUGAUUUGUCUGUGGAGGUCCCAGCUGCUCGUAAAUUAUAG